AAAAUCUCCACAGACUCCUGCUGCUGUUGCCUCAAAGGUGUGCCUCGCAUACGCUCAACUUGAUCUCAUGCAAUGACAUCGACAAAUGGCUGUCAUCAAACAGUGACUCAAAUUGUGUACAGGAGUGCCACAGUGAAGUGCACUGCUCUUUGGACAAAGGCAAGCCGUUCUACCGUGGCUUCUAAGACUGUCGAUGAAAUACGUGGGAAAAAAAUUAUUGUGCCUACAUCAACAAGGUGGCAUUCAUACCACGAUGCCUUGUCCCGUAUCAUUGACAUACCGGCCCAGGAUUUGAAUACGCUUUGUACGAGACUGGACUGCAGAGCCCCGACAGAGCGCAAACACCUAUUUCUAAAAGAAUACUGCACUGUUUUGAAACCGCUGACGGUAGCACUUGACAUCUUGCAAGGCGAAGAUAACUGUUACUAUGGGAGUCUUCUACCAACCUUGGAGAUCCUGAUGACCAGGACGCUGGCUCUUCAAAAUGGACUCUCGAGGAUGACCGCAGGCCUACCGGGGGUAAUUGUACAGGCUAUCAAGACACAAUUUGCACCAGUGUUGGAGAGCAGCGAAGCUUUAUUGUCUGCCUUGACGUUGCCGAAAUUUAAAGUACGAUGGAUAGGGGCAGCGGAGCGGAGAGAAGAAGCACGUGCGCUUCUCGUCGCGGAGUGUCGCACUAUACCACAGGAUGCAGAGCCGGCCGAGAAUAAAAACCAAGAAGUUGCCGCACACAGCAGUGCCAAUGAGAAGGACUUUUUUUCUUUUGAUGAUGAGGAGGAUGAAAUCAUGUCCUUUAGCACAGAUGCAGAGGUACUUGAGUACAUGAGGUCAGGCUCAGAGUUAGGAGUCCUCAACCGUUUCCCCCGAGUGAAAGCUGUGUUCAUGAAAUGCAACACUGCCACACCAUCCAGUGCACCAGUGGAAAGGCUGUUCAGCCUGGGAGGUCUUGUGCUGACCCCCAGAAGAAACAGACUUUCCGAUAAACGUUUUGAAAGACUACUCCUGAUGAGGUAUAAUCACACAUUUUGUGCUGAUCUAGAAUAAGUUGACUGCCACCCAUGCUAUAGCUUUGGCCUUUGCACAAUACUUUUUUUUUUCUAUCUUUUUCUUGUCAUGAUCAAACUGUGAAGAAGGGUAAGCAGUAGCCUUUUUUAAUGUUGGGGCUAGUUUUGUGUUAAGUUGUAGGCCUAUUAUGCCAUUUUAUUUACUCAAGCCAUCAACAUCAAACUAUUUUGAGGUUAUUCUAUUUUUCUGUUGGAUUUAUAUGAGGCAUGUUUUAUUUUGAGACAUAGCCAUUUUGAGGUUGUCAUCACGUUCCUAAGGAGCCUAUAUUGAGGCUGUUAUUUGCUGCUGUUUCACAGGGCUUUGGUGGUGAAGCCUGUAGCCAAAUAUGUUCAUGUCAAGUGCAGAAUAA